AUGUAUUCUCCGAUUUGCCUCACUCAGGAUGAAUUCCACCCGUUCAUCGAGGCGCUGCUGCCGCACGUCCGCGCCAUCGCCUACACGUGGUUCAACCUCCAGGCCCGCAAACGCAAGUACUUCAAGAAGCACGAGAAGCGGAUGUCCAAGGACGAGGAGCGCGCCGUCAAGGACGAGCUCCUGAGCGAGAAGGCCGAGGUCAAGCAGAAGUGGGCCUCCCGGCUGUUGGCUAAGCUGCGCAAGGACAUCCGGCAGGAGUACCGCGAGGACUUUGUGCUGAGCGUGACGGGGAAGAAGCACCCGUGCUGCGUGCUGUCCAACCCGGACCAGAAGGGCAAGAUCCGCCGCAUCGACUGCUUGCGGCAGGCCGACAAAGUCUGGCGCCUGGACCUGGUCAUGGUCAUCCUCUUCAAAGGCAUCCCGCUGGAAAGUACCGACGGCGAACGCCUGGUCAAGUCGCCGCACUGCACCAACCCCGCACUUUGCGUCCAACCGCACCACAUCACAGUUUCCGUCAAGGAGCUGGAUUUGUUCCUCGCCUAUUACGUCCAGGACCAAGACUCCCAGCAGUCAGGAAGUCCCAGUAACAAUGAGCCUGGCAAGAACCCUCUUCCAGUCUAUCUGGAAGACAGCUUCAUCAAAUCAGGAGUGUUCAGUGUCGCGGAGCUGGUCCGAGUGUCGAGAAUGCCCAUCACCCACGGUGCGGCGGUCAACUUCUCCAUGGCGGACAUGCCCGGACAACCCUACUAUCACGACCUGAACUCCAGCGUGGGGAUGCACCGCUCCCUGUCCUCCCCUCCCGGCAGCAAAAGACCCAAAACUGUCAACAUGGAGGAAAACAUGGACACCAGCCCGACCGGACCUGACUUCUACUCGUCGCCCAGCUCGCCGGCCAGCAACCGGGCGAACUGGCACGACCGAGACGGAGACAUGUCCUCACCCACCAUGAAAAAGCCUGAGAAGCCGAUGUUUAGCCCCACCUCUCCGCAGGAUUCCUCGCCCCGAAUCAGCACUUUUCCCCAGCCGCAUCACCCGGGCCUGACGGGCGUCGGACACAGCGUUAUUUCGACGAGGAGCCCGCCGCCGCAUUCGCCUCUGCAGUUCUCCGCCUCGGCCAUCCUGCCCCCCGCUCCGUCGUCCUACUUCCCGCACACCACCAUCCGCUACCCGCCCCACCUCAACCCAGCCGAUCCCCUCAAGAGCUACGUGCCGUCGUACGACCCGUCCAGCCCACAGAGCGGCCAGCCCAACAGCAGCGGUCAGGUUGUGGGCAAAGUCCCGGGGCACUUCACGCCGGUCCUGGCUCCCUCCCCGCACCACGGCGCCGUGCGACCAGUCUCGCUGUCCAUGCCCGACACCAAGCCCAUCACCACGUCCACGGAAGGAUACUCCGCUCCCGGGACCCCGACGGCGAACCGCUUCGUUGGCUUGAGCUCCAGAGAUCCCGCCUUCCUCCACCAGCAACAGCUGAAGAAGUGUGACUGGAGCGUGACUCAAAACGGCAGGCAUUACGGCCCCAGUGCCGCCGACGACACUUUGGGGAUUGCUUGGCAAAGUCCUGGUACCUGGGCGAGCUUAGUUCCAUUCCAAGUGUCGAACGGGACGCCGAUUCUUCCAACAAAUGUCCACCAGAACUACAGCAUAAGCAUCAUUGGUGAGCCGCUGGUCCCCGCCGAGACCGGCAACUGA